UUCAACGCUGCCGUAACGCUUCGAUCCGUGUGCGCCGCUGGCGGUGCGCCUUUUAUAAAUAAUACUUGUAGUUAAUAUUCCAAAGUGUUGAAUCGGAAAUGCAAGAAUUAGCAUACAUUACUGCGGCACCCGUUACACAACACUGCACCGCAACGAUUACCGCCAAUUGUUAACAACUGUUUUUAGCAUUGUUAACACGCACACGCGCUUUCUUACGAGUGCCUUAAAAAGUGUUCCCUUCCCAAAAUAAGUCAAAUUAGCAGUAGUACAAAGCAAAGUCCAAAAUUAUGGCCAGUAAAAGCCACCAGGCGGAGGCCCAGCAAUUGUACCCACAGCCCAGCAGAGUGGAACUGCUUACGGCUCAAACGGAACCGAACCAGAAACCGCGAUGGGGUAAUCUCCUACUGCUGGUGGCCCUGGCAACCACUUUCGGGGGCGCGGUAUCCACCGGUUACUGCAUAGGCGUUAUCAAUGCCCCCUCAAAGCUCAUGAAGGUCUGGUGUAAUCAAACACUGCACGAAAACUACGGCAGCAACCUGACCACGAGCGGGUUGGACCUUUUGUGGUCGUGCAUUGUUUCUGUGUUCCUGGUCGGAGGCGCCAUCGGUUCGCUGGGCGGUGCUGGAGCGGCUAACAAGUUUGGCAGAAAAGCAUGUUUCCUCAUCUGCGGCGCCCUGUUCACUGUGGGAGCUGUGCUCUUCUUCUUUUGCCGCGCCGCGAACUCGGUGGAGAUGCUGGUGAUUGGCCGCUUCAUCGUGGGUCUGGCCUCCGGUCUCGUGACCGCCACACUGCCCAUGUACCUGUCCGAAGUGGCACCACAAGCGCUUCGUGGUACCCUGGGCGUCUUCUGUGCUGUCGGCGUGACUGGAGGAGUGGUUGUGGGUCAGGUGUGCAGUCUAGCAAACGUCUUUGGCACUGAGGAACUCUGGCACUAUGCACUGACCGCCUACAUGGGUCUGAUCUUGGUGUGCUACCUCCCAUCGUACCUGUUCCCCGAGAGCCCCAAGUUCCUGUAUAUCGUGAAAGGAAAUCGGGCGGCUGCCAAGCGAGAACUUCAGCGACUGCGAGGCAAGGAUGCAGAGGAUCUGAUUGCUCAGGAGAUUGCCGAGAUGGAGGCAGAGGCCAAUGCCAAGGUACAGACGAGCAGCUUCUGUGAUGUGCUGCGCGAUCCUCGCCUAACGUUGCCCCUGAUUAUCGUCUGCUGCUUCCAUGGCGGCCAGCAGCUGUCGGGCAUUAAUGCGAUAUUUUACUACUCGGUGAGCAUCUUUGAAAAGGCCGGCUUGUCUACUGUAAACGCGCAGUGGGCGAAUUUGGGCGCUGGCUGCCUGAAUUUGUGCAUUUCACUGCUGGGUCCCUGGCUGAUGGCGUACUGCAAUAGACGAACCCUGAUGAUGUUCUCCUGUGCCCUGUGCUCGGUCUUUCUGUUCACCAUUGCCUUUGUAUUGUUCUAUAUUGACUAUGUCAGCUGGUUUGCAAUUGCCUGCAUCUUCUGCAUCAUGGGCUACAUAUUCUUCUAUCAAUUCGGUCUGGGCCCCAUUCCCUACUUCAUUGGCUCAGAACUGUUUGAGGUGGCUCCCCGAUCCGUCGCCAUGUCAAUGGGGAGCCUUGCCUCAUGGACGUGCAAUUUCAUAAUUGGCAUCUCGUUCCCCCUCCUGCAGAAUGCGUGGGGCGCCUUUGUCUUCCUGCCCUUCUCCAUUACCUGCGUGCUGCUCUGUUUGCUGACGAAAUUCUAUCUGCCGGAAACGCACGGACGCGAUCCGUCCGAGGUGGCGCCCCUCGUAUCGAAGGGCUUCCGCUCCAAGGUCAAAUGAGAGCUUGGCUAACACUGGCUAAACCAUUGGCUAUUAUCUUACAAUUAGGUUUAAGUGUGGUAAUAGGUUUUAAGCAAGAAGUCUCGUCCAGUACGUGUGUGCCUUGGUCGACAAUAAGCUGGAGUGCUCCUCCACAUUGUUCAAGGUCGAAUUGCUCAAUGGCCGGCCAAACUAUAAUUGUAAUUUUGUCUACGUAUUCGUAAGUUUUUUGUACAAACAAUUAAUAAAUGAGAAACCGGAAUAAAACCUAGGUUAAGGCACCCUGUAAAAAGCUUUCAACGCUCCGUCCUCUUAUCACGCUGCACAAGUUCAAUUAAAAUGCCUGGAGGAAGGACGGAGCGCAAACUAAUA